UAUAAUUUCAGCUACAGAUUUGCUUAAAAAAUACCAGCAUUGACUAAAUCUACUUCCUUUAUGUUAAGAGCAAAAUACAUGCACAAAGACAUUUUAUUGUCCAAGGACUAAAUACCUGAAACAUCCAUUUUCUUUUGACUACAUCUUGGCAAGGUUACUAAAAAGGAAGAUGAAGACAGAAAGGCAUAGCAAACCAUAUUUGGCCUUCCCUGUGGUGAUAAUCUUUUCUCUGUGCCUGCAAACGAGUGCAAACCACACUGAUUAUCCUCAGGUUACAAAUGAGGUCUGGAGUCCUAUCAGCCAAAACCUCAGUGGAAGCCAUAACAUAACAGAAGCCAAUACAAAUUCUCCUCUGAGCAUCAAUUUCAGCAGUAAAACACCUAGUUCUCAAAUGCAGACAAAUACCCUGCUACCCUUAUCCUCCACCUUGGCCCAAAAUUCAACGUCUCCCCCUGUCAGAAAUGCUGUUCCUGCCACUGCAGGACCAAGGAAUACCAGCAAAUCCAAGGGUACAGUGACAAAAGAAACAUGUGAAGAUAAUAAGUCUCUUAUACUGAUUUGCUUUAUUAUAAUAGCAGUACUUGUGCUUAUCUGCACCUUCUUAUUUCUGGCAACAGUUGUAAUAGCAAACAAAAUGUCCUAUCUCAAAAAAACUCAGCAAGGAAAACGCAGGCCCAGGAGCAAUGGUGAUAUUGUGGCUACUAACAGCUUCUGGCCAACAGCAGCAGGAACAUGGCAGAGGAUGCCUAAGGAGACAAUUGGAACUGACUUGAUAAUGCAAGACUUGAUAUCAGGAAGAGAUGCUGCAAUCCAAAGGAAAUUCAAAGAUGAAACUACUGAGAAACUCACUAAAGAAACAAACAACGAACAGGAAAACAAAGAACCAUCAAAGUCACACAAACCCAUUUUAACCAAUUUUGUAGUUGAGAUUUAAUUCACGCUCAGGUAAAAAUUCAUCCUUUGCCUUUUUAACCUCAGUAAUAGACAGCAAAAAACUUAGCUUUCAAGUAACAACAUGGAUUUUAACAAAGGAAAACUAAAUUCAGAUGUUAGGGUUUUCCUUUUCUGAUGGUGGGAAUGCUGCAGCAACACUUGGGAGUCAGAUUGUCUUCAACAACUUUCUAUAAACAGCAUCAAGACCAGUUUUACUCCUUUGACCAGGAAUCAUGGUGAUGGGAGCUGAACGGGAUAAAACAGAAGGACAGAAGUCUGCCCAUUCUCAAAGAUCAGGAGGGGACGGAAAAGGAAAGGACUGUUAGUCUAACAAAGACACCAAACCAUAAGGUGCUGCACAGGGAUAACCAAGUUGCUUUUUUAGGAAAACCACAAUUCAGUCACAACUUUGAUGCAACCAUUGAAUCAGGAACUGGUCCCUCUCAAAAUGCCCUUUCAGCUUUUUCCAUCAAGAACUUCUUAAACCAGCUUAACUGCUCCUGAACCAGAUUGAGAGUUGAAUCAUAUUUAUUGUGUUUUGAC